UUUACGUUUGAAGACCAACGCUUGGUGGCGCUGUUUAUACACGUUUACAAAUUUCACUGAAUUUCAGAAAGCUGCCCUUUUUUGUCAUAUUUCGGUCUGAAUCGAAUAAGCAAUGGCCAGCAAUAUUGCUCAGAAUAGUGCCAAAGAUGUGCUGGAUGCAGGCGAAGGAAAUGACCAGUUCUUCUCGGCAGUUGUUGUGACUCUCGCCCUUGGAGCGGUCAUUGGGCUGCUGAUGCUGGUGUGCGGGUUUGGAACAAGUGGACGUGCAACGGGCUCUGCGGAGCAAGAUGAAAAUGCUCAGAAGACAGAGAAUAAAUCCAAGAAAUCCAAGAGCAAUCAGCAGGGCAAGCGUCAACAGAAGCAGCCAGGAAAGAGAGCCAACCAGACUACGUUUAGCCAUGCCUACCUGGCCUCAACACUCAAGGAGCAUAGUAGCAACGUACUAGACAUUGAUUUCAGUAUCAAUGGCAAAUAUCUGGCAUCUUGUGCUGAAGAUCGGACGGUUCGUGUGUGGAGUGUGAAGGAAUUCAGAGAAAGGGAACACAAGUGUUUACGAGGGAAUGUGGAGUAUGAUCAUGCAACAAAGAUCAAAUUCAGUCCAGAUUGCAAGGCCUUCAUCACCAGCCUGUGCACAGGGAACAACAUCCGAGUCUUCAAGCUGGCUAAGAAGGAAGAUGGAACAUCAAGUACCAUUACUGCUUCCCUGGACUUUCCUAAGAAACACACAUCAGAUAUCAUCAACAUUGGUCUUGGGUCUCAUGCCCAUGGUAGCUUCGUCAUGACAGCCUAUAAGGACACCACCAUCCAUAUUUGGGAUGUGAAAGGUGAUAUUUUGCAAACCAUUGACACACAUCAUAUGAGUAACAACUAUGCGGCAGUGUCUCCCUGUGGUCGCUUUGUUGCUUCAUGUGGUUUUACUCCGGAUGUGAAAGUUUGGGAAGUUGUCUUUGACAAGGAGGGGAACUUCUCCGAUGUAAAGCGGGUCAUGGAUCUGAAAGGUCACAGGGCCAGCGUUUACUACUUCUCAUUCAAUGUAGACUCAACAAGGAUGGCAACUGUUUCCAAGGAUACGACAUGGAAGCUGUGGGAUACAAAUGUUGAGUACAACAAGAACCAGGAUCCAUACCUGCUAUUGACUGGAAACUAUGACCACACAGGACCAAGCAUGUUAGCCUUGUCCCCAGAUGCCCACUCUCUAGCUAUUGCAGCAGGGUCUAAGAUAUGGGUUUUUGAUUCUGCCACUGGGGAGGAGAAAGAGACCUUCGAAGAUGUGCACACACAACCGAUCACCAAAAUUGGCUUUGAUUCAAGCAACAAGUUCCUGGUAUCCUGCGGUGACCGUCAUAUCAGAGUGUUCCACAAUGUGGUUGGUUACCGAUCAAAUAUUGCCAGCAUGGAAAAGAAGAUCAAGUCGUCGACGACAAAUAAGUCUCAGAAGGAAAGACUAGAGAGCCAGAUAGCACAGAUGAGGGAUUGCUUAGCUGAGGUCCUUGGAGAGAAACCAGAGGGAUCAAAAGCAUGAAAGCAGUGUGAAGAGGUCGAUAGUCCGUUCAAUUCAGUGCCUGAUUCAUUCAACCUGUCAACCUCAGAUUGGCAGCCACAUUUUGAGCAACAACUCAGUUUACUGUUAAUCCAUUGCAUUGGCUGUGGAAUACAAAUGACAGUGUUUGGUAA